AUGGGGGUGAUGAUUCCUCAGGUGCCAUACAAACUGCCUGUGUCUUUGUCUGUUGGUUCCUGCGUGAUAAUCAAAGGGACACCAGUCGACUCUUCUGUCAAUGAACCACAGCUGCAGGUGGACUUCUACACUGAGAUGAAUGAGGAGUCAGAAAUUGCCUUCCAUUUGCGAGUGCACUUAGGCCGUCGUGUGGUCAUGAACAGUCGUGAGUUUGGGAUAUGGAUGUUGGAGGAGAAUUUACACUAUGUGCCCUUUGAGGAUGGCAAACCAUUUGACCUGCGCAUCUAUGUGUGUCGCAAUGAGUAUGAGGUAAAGGUAAAUGGUGAAUACAUUUAUGCCUUUGUCCAUCGAAUCCCACCAUCAUACGUGAAGAUGAUUCAAGUGUGCAGAGAUGUCUCCCUGGACUCAGUGCUUGUCAGCAAUGGAUGGAGAUGAUUACACUCCUCAUUGUUGAGGAAACCCUCUUUCUACCUGACCAUGGGAUUCCUAGAGCCUGCUAACAGAAUUAUCCCUCCUCAACCCUUUCCCCUACACUUGGUCAUUAAAACAGCAC